GCCACUGAGGACAAAUUCAGCUGUCAGAGAAGCUAUGUUCUAACUGGAGUUUCAGUCGGCGAUCAUGGAAUUUAACGAGGACGGCGCAGUGGAAAUUCACGUUUGCUGAUCCAGCCCGAUUCGAUCAUUUUUUCGCCUCAUUCUUUCUUUUGUGAAGGCACAGUCCAGGGUGAGGCAACAUGUCAGACAAGAUGUCCAGUUUCCUCCACAUCGGGGACAUCUGCUCUCUCUAUGCAGAGGGCUCCACCAGUGGAUUUAUCAGCACUUUAGGGCUUGUGGAUGACCGCUGUGUGGUACAGCCAGACACAGGGGACCUCAACAACCCGCCCAAGAAGUUCAGAGACUGCCUUUUCAAGCUGUGCCCCAUGAACAGGUACUCUGCACAGAAACAGUUUUGGAAGGCAGCAAAACCAGGUGGAAACAGCACCACUGACACAGUGCUCCUCAACAAACUCCACCAUGCUGCUGAUCUGGAGAAGAAGCAGAAUGAAUCAGAGAACCGAAAGCUGCUAGGAACUGUUAUCCAGUACGGAAAUGUCAUUCAGCUGUUGCACUUGAAAAGCAAUAAGUACCUGACGGUGAAUAAGCGUCUCCCUGCCCUGUUGGAGAAGAAUGCUAUGAGGGUGACGCUGGACUCUGCAGGCAACGAGGGCUCCUGGUUUUACAUCCAGCCCUUCUACAAGCUGCGCUCCCUGGGAGACAGUGUGGUGAUUGGAGACAAGGUGGUCCUUAACCCUGUGAACGCUGGACAGCCUCUUCAUGCCAGCAGCCAUCAGCUGGUAGACAACCCAGGAUGCAAUGAGGUGAACUCCGUGAACUGCAACACAAGUUGGAAAGUAGUUUUGUUUAUGAAAUGGAGCGACAACAAGGAGAUUAUUCUUAAAGGGGGUGACGUUGUUCGGCUGUUCCAUGCAGAGCAGGAGAAGUUCCUGACAUGUGACGACUUCAAAAAGAAGGAGUAUGUAUUUCUCAGGACUACAGGACGUCAGUCCGCCACCUCCGCCACUAGCAGCAAGGCAUUGUGGGAAGUGGAGGUGGUCCACCAUGACCCGUGUCGGGGCGGGGCUGGCUACUGGAACAGCCUGUUCAGGUUCAAACACCUUGCCACAGGGUCUUACUUGGCUGCUGAGGUGAAUCCUGACUAUGUGGAAGAAUGUCCUGAGCCCCGAUCCUCAGUGGUGGAUUUUGUUCCCUUUAACUUCCAGUUGGACUCGGACCAUGAAGCCCUGCGAGCGCGUCUGCGAACCCCUCAAGAGAGGGUCAUGUACCAACUGGUGUCUGUCCCUGAUGGCAUGGACAUCUCCUCUAUCUUUGAGCUGGACCCAACCACCCUGAGAGGGGGGGACUCCCUGGUGCCCAGGAACUCUUUCGUGAGGCUCAGGCACCUCUGCACCAACACAUGGGUCCACAGCACCAACAACCCAAUUGACAAGGAGGAGGAGAAGCCUGUCAUGUUACGAAUUGGUACAUCAGCGGUUAAAGAAGACAAAGAGGCCUUUGCCAUAGUGCCUGUCCCCCCAGCAGAAGUCAGAGACUUAGACUUAGCCAACGAUGCCAGUAAAGUGUUAGCAUCCAUCGCUGGCAAGCUGGAGAGGGGCACUAUAACCCAGAACGAGAGGAGGUUUGUCACUAAGCUUCUAGAGGACCUGGUCUUCUUCGUGUGUGACAUCCCCAACACUGGCCAGGAUGUGCUGGAGAUCAUGGUCAACAAGCCCAAUCGAGAGAGACAGAAACUCAUGAGGGAGCAAAACAUCCUCAAACAGAUUUUCAAACUUCUCCAAGCCCCGUUCACUGAUAGCGGGGAUGGUCCCAUGCUGCGAUUGGAAGAGCUUGGUGACCAGCGCCACGCACCCUUCAGGCAUAUCUGCAGGCUCUGCUACAGGGUAUUACGGCACUCCCAGCAAGACUACAGGAAGAACCAGGAGUACAUAGCCAAGCAGUUCCGCUUCAUGCAGAAACAGAUAGGCUACGAUGUUCUAGCUGAGGACACGAUAACAGCCCUGCUCCACAACAACCGCAAGCUCCUUGAGAAACACAUCACGGCUGCUGAGAUUGACACCUUCGUCACCUUGGUCAGGAAGAACCGGGAGCCCAGGUUUCUGGACUACCUGUCUGACCUGUGUGUGUCCAUGAACAAGUCCAUCCCAGUGACUCAGGAGCUAAUCUGUAACGCUGUGCUGGACCCUUCCAACGCAGACAUCCUCAUCGAGACUAAGCUAGUGCUGUCACGCUUUGAGAUUGAGGCUGUAACAAUCGGGGAGGCUCCCGUGGAAAUGGAGGAGGACGAAGAAGAGGUGUGGCUCUUCUGGAGGGACAACCUCAAGGAGAUCAGGAGCAAGAGUGUCAGAGAGCUGGCCCAGGACGCCAAGGAGGGCCAGAAGGAGGACCAGGAGGUGGUCAGCUAUUACAGGUACCAGCUGAACCUGUUUGCGCGGAUGUGUCUGGACCGUCAGUACCUGGCCAUCAAUAAGAUCUCUGGCCAGCUGGACGUGGACCUGAUCCUGCGCUGCAUGUCUGACGAGGACCUGCCCUACGACCUGCGCGCCUCCUUCUGCCGCAUGAUGCUGCACAUGCACGUGGACCGCGACCCCCAGGAACAGGUCACCCCCGUCAAGUACGCCCGCCUCUGGUCCGAGAUUCCCUCCAAGAUCGCCAUCGGCGACUACGACAAUGAUGGGACAACCAGAGAUGAGAUCAAGGAGAGGUUCUGCCUGACCAUGGAGUUUGUGGAGAACUACCUGAUGUCUGUGGUGUCUCAGAACAUCCCCUUCGAUGACAGAGAGAAAAACAAGCUCACCUUCGAGGUAGUUAACCUGGCAAGGAACCUCAUUUACUUUGGCUUCUACAACUUCAGUGACCUGCUGCGACUGACUAAGAUCUUAUUGAACAUCCUGGACUGUGUUCAUGUCAGCACCAUAUACCCUGUCACCAAGCUGGAGAAGGGAGAGGAAAAACAAGGCAGUAAUGUGAUGAAGUCUAUCCACGGGGUGGGGGAGCUUAUGACCCAGGUGGUCCUCAGAGGUGGGGGUUUCCUACCCGUUACCCCCACCCACCAGCCGGAGGAGGGCGUGGUCAAGACCCAGACGGAGCCGGAGAGGGAGGACAUCAUGGUGAUGGACACCAAGCUCAAGAUCAUCGAGAUCCUCCAGUUCAUUCUGAAUGUGCGGCUGGACUACAGGAUCUCCUGCCUACUCUGUAUCUUCAAGCGGGAGUUUGAUGAGAGUAACCCUCAGGGUGAUGGCACACCAUCUAGUGCUAGUCAGGAUGGAKAUAAUAUGACAGGGGCUCUAGAUUUUGAGAACAUUGAGGAGCAGGCAGAGGCGAUCUUUGGAGGAAGUGAGGAGAACACCCCUCUGGACCUGGAUGACCAUGGUGGGAGAACCUUCCUGAGGGUGCUGCUACACCUCACCAUGCAUGACUAUCCUCCCCUGGUGUCUGGGGCCCUCCACCUGCUCUUCAGACACUUCAGCCAGAGACAGGAGGUCCUCAUGGCCUUCAAACAGGUCCAGCUCUUGGUAACCAGCCAAGAUGUGGACAACUACAAGCAGAUCAAGUCAGACCUAGACCAGCUGCGCUCCAUUGUAGAGAAGUCUGAGCUGUGGGUUUACAAGAGGCAGGGGGAUGAUGACGGAGGGGACGGACCCUCAGAGUCCGACCAUAAAAAGAAGGGGGAUUCAGGCAGCUCAGACAAAAAGAAGACGGAAACCACCAGCAGUUACAAUUACAGGGUUAUGAAAGAGAUCCUGCUGCGGCUCAGUAAGCUGUGUGUCCAGGAGGGAGCGUCAGGGAAGAAGAGUAAGAAGCAGCAGCAGAGACUACUGAGGAACAUGGGAGCCCACAGUGUGGUGCUGGAGCUACUGCAGAUUCCCUAUGAGAAGGGUGAGGARGUCCGCAUGCAAGAGAUCAUGAAGCUGGCCCAUGAGUUCCUCCAGAACUUCUGUGCAGGGAACCAGCAGAACCAGAUCCUGCUGCACAAGCACAUUAACCUGUUCCUCAACCCAGGGAUUCUGGAGGCAAUCACCAUGCAACACAUCUUCAUGAAUAACUUCCAGCUGUGCAGUGAAAUCAACGAGCGCGUGGUGCAGCACUUUGUCCACUGCACCGAGACACAUGGCCGCCAUGUACAGUACCUCAAAUUCCUGCAGACCAUCGUCAAGGCUGAGAACAAGUUCAUCAAGAAGUGUCAGGACACCGUCAUGGCUGAGCUGGUGAACUCGGGCGAGGACGUGCUGGUGUUCUACAACGACCGUGCAUCCUUCCAGACCCUGGUCACGAUGAUGCGGUCGGAACGGGACCGCAUGGAUGAGAACAGRGCUCUGAGGUACCACAUCCACCUGGUAGAGCUGCUGGCCGUCUGCACCGAGGGAAAAAAUGUCUACACAGAGAUCAAGUGCAACUCCCUGCUGCCUUUGGAUGACAUAGUGAGGGUGGUCACCCAUGAGGACUGCAUCCCUGAGGUGAAGAUAGCCUACAUCAACUUCCUGAAUCACUGCUACGUGGACACAGAGGUGGAGAUGAAGGAGAUCUACACCAGCAAUCACAUGUGGAAGCUCUUUGAGAACUUCCUGGUGGACAUAUGCAGGGUGUGCAACAACACCAGUGACAGGAAGCAUGCAGACACGGUUCUGGAGGGUUACGUGACAGAGACGGUCAUGAGCAUCGUCACCACCUUCUUCAGCUCGCCCUUCUCUGACCAGAGCACCAGUCUGCAGACUCGCCAGCCGGUGUUCGUUCAGCUCCUUCAGGGGGUGUUUAGGGUGUUCCACUGUAAUUGGCUCACCCCCACUCAGAAGGCCUCAGUUGAGGCCUGUAUCAAGGUGCUGUCUGAUGUGGCCAAGAGUAGAGCCAUUGCCAUCCCUGUGGACCUGGACAGCCAGGUGAACAACCUGUUUGUCAAGUCCAACAAUGUGGUCACCAAGUCCAUCCUGAGCUGGAGGCUCUCUGCUAAGAAUGCCCCCAGGAGGGACUCCAACGCCACCACGUCCGUCAGCUACAGGAACAUCAUAGAGAGGCUACAGGACAUAGUUUCAGCCCUGGAGGACCGUCUGCAUCCCCUGGUCCAGGCUGAGCUGUCUGUCCUGGUGGACGUGCUGCAUCGCCCUGAGCUGCUGUUCCCUGAGAACACAGACGCCCGCAGGAAAUGUGAGAGCGGCGGCUUCAUCUCCAAGCUCAUCAAACACACCAAACAGCUGCUGGAGGAGAACGAGGAGCGGCUGUGUAUCAAGGUGCUGCAGACUCUGAGGGAGAUGAUGACCAAAGACCGUGGCUAUGGGGAGAAGCACAUUGCCUUUGAUGAUGAGAUGGAUGUGGCUGAGCUGGCCCCUCCGCCGGCUGAGCCAGAAGUUCCUGCUGCAGAUCUUGACCCCAACCAGCCCGAGAAGCAACUGGAGGACCAGAGGAGGGGUGAAGCCCUGAGGCAGAUUCUGGUGAAUCGUUACUAUGGGAACAUCAAGCCUGGGGCCAGAAGAGACAGUGUGACGACGUUCGUCAAUGGUCCUGUCCCCCCUGGAACAGAAGGGAAACCUCGAGCAGUGGUGAGUUCAGGGGCGGCCGCGGCCCGAGGGGAGCUGACCCUGCAUGAGGUCCAGUGCCGUCUGGAUAAAGAGGGUGCAUCCGACCUGGUAAUUGACCUCAUCAUGAACGCCACGAGCGACCGUAUCUUCCAGGAGAGCAUCCUAUUGGCCAUCGCCCUGCUGGAGGGCGGGAACACGGUCAUCCAGAAAUCCUUCUUCAUGCGUCUGACAGGGGAAAACAAGUCAGAGAUGUUCUUCAAGGUGUUCUAUGAGAGGAUGAAGCUGGCCCAGCAGGAGAUCAAGGCCACUGUGACUGUCAACACCAGCGACCUGGGCAGCAAGAAGAAGGACGAGGAGCCCCCAGACAAGGACACGCCCACCGCUAAAGGAAAGAAAGGGAAGGUGGUGGCUACGGUGGCGGUUGCUGCGGUGACGGAGGAGGUCAAGGAGCAGCUGGUGGAAGCGUCCACGGUCACUAAGAAGGCGUUCACCACGUACCGCCGUGAGGCCGAGGCCGAGGAGCACCUGACCGCCGCCGAGUGUCAGGGCCCCGCCAGCACGCCUGAUGACCAAGAGGGGGAGAUGAGUGUCAUCAUUACCAUCAUGCAGCCCAUACUGCGCCUCAUGCAGCUGCUGUGUGAGAACCACAACAGGGAGUUGCAGAACUUCCUUAGGUGUCAGAACAACAAGAACAACUAUAACCUGGUGUGUGAGACGCUGCAGUUCCUGGACUGUAUCUGUGGCAGCACCACGGGAGGCCUGGGGUUGCUGGGACUCUACAUCAAUGAGAAGAAUGUAGGCCUCAUCAACCAGACAGUAGAGAGCCUCACAGAGUACUGCCAGGGACCCUGCCAUGAGAACCAGAACUGCAUCGCCACUCAUGAAUGCAACGGUAUCGACAUCAUCAUCGCUUUGAUCCUCAAUGACAUCAACCCCCUGGGCAAGAAGAGGAUGGACCUGGUGCUGGAGCUCAAGAAUAACGCCUCCAAGCUCCUCUUGGCCAUCAUGGAGAGUCGCCACGACAGUGAGAAUGCAGAGAGGAUACUGUACAACAUGAGGCCUAAAGAACUAGUGGAGGUGAUAAAGAAGGCCUACAUGCAGGGGGAGGUUGAGCCGGAGGAGRCUGCUGAGGAAGAUGAAGAUGGUGAGGAAGAGCAUGCUGCCUCUCCACGAAACGUGGGCCACAACAUCUACAUCCUGGCUCAUCAGUUGGCCCGCCACAACAAGGAGCUGCAGGCCAUGUUGAAGACCUAUGGGGAGGGGGAUGAUGCCCUGGAGUUCUAUGCCAAGCACACAGCUCAAAUUGAGAUUGUGCGGCUGGAUCGCACCAUGGAGCAGAUAGUCUUCCCCGUGCCCAACAUCUGUGAGUUCCUCACCAACGAGUCCAAGCUGCGGGUGUACUACACCACGGAGCGUGACGAGCAGGGCAGCAAGAUCAAUGACUUCUUCCUGCGCUCCGAGGACCUCUUCAACGAGAUGAACUGGCAGAAGAAGCUGCGAGCCCAGCCCAUUCUAUACUGGUGCUCUCGCAACAUGUCCUUCUGGAGCAGCAUCUCCUUCAACCUGGCCGUACUCAUGAACCUGCUGGUGGCCUUCUUCUACCCUCUGGAAGGAAUCCGCAGAGGUACGCUGGAUGGUCACCUGUCAGCCCUGCUGUGGAUCGCCAUGCUGGUGUCCCUGGCGAUCGUCAUCAUCCUGCCCCAGCCCCACGGCGUCCGGGUCCURAUCACCUCCACCAUCCUCCGUCUCAUCUUCUCUGUGGGCCUGGAGCCCACCCUCUUCCUGCUAGGGGCCUUUAACGUGGGCAAUAAGAUGAUCUUCUUGAUGAGUUUUGUGGGGAACAGAGGGACGUUCACACGGGGCUACAAGGCCAUGAUCAUGGAUGUAGAGUUCCUCUACCACCUCCUCUACCUGAUCAUCUGUAGUCUGGGUGUCUUCGUCCAUGUCUUCUUCUACAGUCUGCUGCUCUUUGACCUGGUGUACAGGGAGGAGACACUGUUGAACGUGAUCAAGAGUGUAACCCGUAAUGGCCGCUCCAUCCUGCUGACUGCCGUGCUGGCUCUCAUCCUGGUCUACCUCUUCUCCAUUGUUGGGUACAUCUUCUUCCAAGAUGACUUCCUCCUCAAUAUUGACAGGAUACCUAAUAAAACACUAGAGAGUGGAGCCAGUAUGGUGGGAGAUUUUCUGUCAGCAGGAGUGUGUCGGAAGGACAGCGGGGAGAACUGCUCCACAGAAGCUGUUAUGGAUGCUGCCAUAGCCACCCAGCCGUCGGCAGUGGUGAUUGAGGACAAGGAGCGGUCGUGUGACUCCCUCCUCAUGUGUAUCGUCACUGUCCUGAGUCACGGCCUGAGGAGUGGAGGUGGUGUGGGGGAUGUUCUGCGGAAGCCAUCCAAAGAGGAGCCUCUAUUUGCUGGCAGGGUGAUAUAUGACCUACUUUUCUUCUUCCUCGUCAUCAUCAUCGUCCUCAACCUCAUCUUCGGAGUCAUCAUCGACACCUUUGCCGACCUCAGGAGUGAGAAACAGAAAAAGGAGGAAGUCCUGAAGACAACAUGCUUCAUCUGCGGCCUAGAAAGGGACAAGUUUGACAACAAGACGGUGACAUUUGAAGAGCACAUCAAGGUGGAGCACAACAUGUGGCACUACCUGUUCUUCAUAGUGCUGGUGAAGGUGAAGGACUCCACAGAGUACACAGGACCAGAGAGCUACGUCGCUGAGAUGAUCAGGGAGCACAACCUGGACUGGUUUCCACGGAUGCGGGCCAUGUCUCUGGUAUGUAGCGAUGCGGACGGGGAGCAGAAUGAGAUCAGGAGCCUGCAGGAGAAACUGGAGUCCACCAUGAAGCUAGUCUCCAACCUCUCUGGACAACUGACCGAGCUCAAGGAGCAGAUGACAGAGCAAAGGAAGCAGAAACAGGGAUCGGGACUGUUGGGUCAUCCUCAGCAUCCUCAACACGCGAACCCCCAGCAAACUGCGUGAGGCUGAGGCAAGGAAGCCCCCCCCCCCCCCCAUCCAGCCACAAGACCC